AUGAUAAUACGAAGCCCGAUUCUCACCAAAUCUCACCAUCUCUCCCAACAGAAGGAAGCACCGACUGCGCUAGCUUCUACGGCCACUAAUGACCACUACAUGAAGCUGUUUGCUUACAGCGAGGAUCGCUCGUGUAUGGAUGCCAGUUUUCCUCAGGAGGUAUACGUUGUUUAUAUGAAAAAUCGGCCUGCUAUGUCACCAUCUGCGUCGUCGUGGUCGUGGUCGCCUGUGGUUGUCGUCGACGUUCGACCGCGAACGAAUCAAACCUUCGCAGGCAACAUAAGCUUGGUACUAGCCUCAAAGCUGGAUAUAACAUGGGAUGUCAUCCUACAUGAUUUCUACAGCUACUCUCCUAUUAAUAUUUACCACAGCGAGACGACUUCAGUUAGAUAUAACGACGAGAACAUGAAGAAAGUCACCACCACUGACUUCCGAAUGAAAAACCACAGUCCACUGAACGAGUUGAGAAAGUGGGUCACCAGAAAUGUAGGUCAGAUCAACAACACCAUCAGGAUUAACGUCACCAGGGUCAAUGUUUCUGUCGGAAUUGAUUCUAAGGUAGAUGUAUGCCAGCCUAGACCAACGCAAGAAAAGCCAGUGGACUCGUGCGAACUCAAAUGGGAUACUGGCCUCCAAUCCGAGUAA